CUGGACUUUGCUUUAGCUGUACGCUGAAGUCUGUGUGUAGAAACGACAAACUGCGGAUAUAGACUGCGAGAUGGACACAGUAAGAGACAUGUUUAGAGGGGCGGUCACGUCCAAUAACUCCUAUUCCAUCUACCGUGAUGUGGGGGACCACGAAGGGGCAGAACUUUAUGUAGAAGAACCACAGGAGAAUCAAAAUCCAAAGCAGAAUGCGAAGGCUUUUUAUCAUCGGAUUUCACCCCAGUGGUUGAUUGUCAUUGGAUUUGUUUUAAUAGCAAUUGUUGCCUUCCUACUAGGGUAUGCAGUGACCAGUAGUUCCUGUACAACAUGUAAAAAGGAGAGUACUGACCAUGCAACGGCAGAUGAUUACGAACCCCCUGAUGAUAAUGGGUUCAUUACUCUGGACUGGCUUGAUUUAAAAAAUAUGUUUAGCAAGUACCUGAAGGAUGGAGAGAAAAUAGAUGCAACCAUCAGGACAGUGUCCCGUAAAUCUCACCCUGCUGGGUCAGAUGAAAACCAGGAACUUGCUCAACAAAUACUAGAGGAUUUCAAGACUUACAAUCUGGACCACACGUGGCGGGACAGCCACUUUGUAGACCUGCCAUAUAGUGACAUCAAUCAGCCAAAUUUCCUGCAAUUUAUUGAUUCUACAAAUAGAACAGUGAAAACAAUUGAAAUCGAUGACCCAGAAUUAUACUGUCCAUACAGUGCAAACGGAAAUGUGACGGCUGGAAUGGUUUAUGCAAACUACGGGAGGAAAGAGGAUUUCAAGCAUUUGGACAAUGUUUUAGCAGACCCACGUGGCCAUAUAGUUUUAGUACGGGCUGGAUCUAUCAGCUUUGCUGAAAAGGUGUCAAAUGCAGAACAAGCUGGUGCCGUGGGAGUCUUGAUAUUUCCAGAUAUAUCUGAAAAUACAGCUGUCUUUGGGCAUGUUCAUCUUGGUGGUGGUGACCCCAAUACUCCUGGAUUUCCAUCUUUCAAUCACACCCAGUUUCCACCUUUCAAAUCAUCUGGUCUCCCCAGUAUUAUAGCUCAAUCAAUCAGCACAGAAACAGCACGAAAACUUCUUAGGCUUCUCAAGGGUGACCCAGCACCACCAUCUUGGAAGGGUGAUUCAUUUCCCUUACCUGGAUUAGGCCCUGAGUUGAAAGAACCUGUUGAAAAGCUAAGAAUGGGAGUCCAGAAUAUCCGCCGCAGCAUAGAAUUAUUUAAUGUAUUUGGAAGCCUGACAGGGAGAGUUGAACCAGAACACUACAUUGUGGUAGGAGCACAAAGAGACUCUUGGGGUCCUGGUGCUGCCAAAUCUGGAGUUGGAACAGCCAUUCUGUUAGAGUUGGCACGCGCUAUAGCCAUGAUGGUGUCAAAUGGAUUCCAGCCUCGUCGUAGUAUACUCUUUGUAAGCUGGGAUGCUGGUGACUUUGGAAACAUUGGAGCCACCGAGUGGCUAGAGGGAUAUCUCAGUAUGUUACAUCUGAAAGCAGCAGCUUAUGUGAGUCUGGAUAAAGCUGUACUGGGAGAUGAUGAUUUUGUAACAAAAUCAAGCCCCCUGUUAAAGGAAUUAAUAGAGCAGGUGAUAAAGCAGGUAGAUAAUCCACGCAAAAGUAUGCAGAGUAUUUACCAAAGUGUUGCAAAACAGGAAUCAAACAGUUUCAAACCACUCUCUUUGGAUAGUGGAGCGUAUGCAUUCACUGCAUUUGGGGGAGUCCCAGCUCUGGAGUUAUCUUUUGAGGAGACUACAACUAAGUACCAGUACUUGAAUACUAAGAAGGACACAUAUCAAGCGCUGAAUGAGCUAGUGGGUAACAGGUUGUCUUCAGUGGCUUUAAGUGCAGCUGAAGUAGCUGGUCUGAUUGUGAUUAAGCUGUCCCAUGACUACAUCCUGCCACUUGACAUCAGUGCAUACAACGAUGUUCUUCUUAAAUAUUUAAUGGACCUGAGUCGCCAACAAGACGUUUUCAGGACCCAAGGACUUACUCUUCAGUGGCUUUCUUCUGCACGAGGGGAUUAUGUGCGGGCUACUCAGAGCCUAAAGAAGGCAAUAGCUCAAUCAGAUCUGCACAAUCAGAAAGUCUUACAGGCAUUCAACGUGCGCAUAAUGAGGAUGGAAUAUUACUUCCUGUCUGAAUAUGUCUCUGUGAUUGAUUUCCCAUACCGUCAUAUUAUCAUUGGCCAAGGUGAACAUACUCUUUCAGCUCUGAUCGAGAACCUCAAGAUCCUAAAAGAAAAGCCAAAUGACAUAAAAAAUGACCUCAUUCGCAAGCAACUUGCUCUCAUCACAUGGACUUUAAAGGGAGCAGCAAAUGCAAUAAGUGGGGAGGUCUGGGAUAUUCAGGAAAAGUUUUAGAGUGUGAACCUUAGCCCUCAACAGGAAAUCAUAUAAAACUACUGACUAGAUAUAUACAAUCUGGACAUUUAAAAGGGUAUAAUGAUCGAUGUAGAUUUAAAAAAAAAAAAAUAUAUGGAUAUACUCAUCACAAUUAUGGACUGCAGUUUGUACACAAUACAGUUAUGUAGGGUGACAUGUUUUAGCAAUAGUACUUCAAAUGCUGAUUUGAUAAUUCUCCUGGGGAUCUAAGUUUUUUUUUGUCUAUUGUAUGUUUUAAUUUAUCAGUGACAGUGAUCACUAUAAAUAUAACUGUAAUAUUUUUUUUAUAACUAAAACAAUGAAUAUUCCUGUGUUUAUUAACAAUUGUGCUAUACUACAACUACUAAGAAACAACAAUACCCAUGUGUAGCGGUUUCAGAAAUAUUUAACGACACAAAAAGCUGUUUCAGAGGAUAGGCCUACAAAAAAACCUUAAAGGGACAUUAUGUUUCUCCUUAAUGUGUUCCCAAUUACUGAUACCAGCUGAAGAGUAUUAAAAGUAUUGGAGAUUGCCCCUUUAUAUUUAUUGUUGUAUCUUAAAUGGGUGUGGUGGGGAAGUACAAUGAGCAAAACUAAUUAUUCCUGAGACAACUCUCACCCUCAUUAGGAGAUUGGCUUAUCCUUCUUUCUUUUAUUUACAUUGUAUUUCUAAAGAAAAUACUGUAGUAUUCAUAUUCUCAGUAUAUGUGGUAGUUUCAUUAGGCAAAAUCAGCUAUUUAAAAUAAAAGUAAAACGGAUCAUUAGGAACGCAUUAAAGGGGAGCAAAGCACAAUGUCCCUUUAGGUACCAAAUGAUUAUUCAAAUCUCCCCCCCCCCCCACCCCCCGGAGACACACUGGGACUGUGCAAGUCUUCACAGAAAUAGAAAACAAAAAGGAAUAAACAAUGGCUCAGUAGCUUGUUCUUUGGUUGAUCACCACCUGGGGAAGCCUCUUUUAGCCCAAAUGUGCUUUUCACUAUUUCAGUCUGAUCUCUCCUAAAAAGGACAGUGAAGCCCUGAAAUACCAGGCAAUUCUCCUCUAAGCAAUGAAUAUGGCAACCCCAGACGAUUGCCUCUGCCUUUUGUGGACCUUGUGAGUGAGGUGCAGCCAUAUCCCUCUUUCCUGUGGAAAUCUUACCACUCAUACCCAGACCUACCAGUCUACUAUGGGAACAGGAGAGACUAAUAGUAAUCACGGCAUACAAUAUCUUCAAUACUCUGUUUAUAAACCGGUCACUUCUCCAUUGUCCUAUUAAUUACAGCUGCUGUAACAAUUAAAGUACCAUAUACAGGUGCAGAAAUUAAGUUGUUAGUAAAGUUAUUUUCUUUUAUAUUUUAUAAAUUUAAUGUAGCUAAUUACUCAGCAAUACAGCUUCAUAUGUUUUACAUUUGCAGCUACAUAAAAUAUUUGUAUGAAAAUACAAAAUGGCUAAUUUGCAUUGUUAAGUUUUAAUACAUUUUGCAGUUAAAUAAACUUUGCAAACAUUGA